UUGAGUUGUCGAGUAUUGAUGUGACAUAUCAUCUUGUAAUAUUUACCUCAUACUUCAAUUCUGAAAUAGUAAUAUUAUUAAAUGUGAAAAUGAUUAAAUUAACGCAGGAUAUUGAUUUGGAGAAUUAUACGCUCAUCUUGCCAUCGGUAGCGGUCGGAAACGUUGGACAACUGUCUGUUGACUUACUUAUUUCGAAUCUUAACCUUCCAAAAGUCGGUCAAAUUUUUAGCGCGUCAUUCAUACCUGUCGUUGGUGCAAACGCCUAUCACGAGCAUUCGAAUGAGAUUAUUACAGCAAUUGAUAUUUAUGCAGGCAUCAAGGAACGUAUUGUUGUUAUACAGAUCCGAUCGCCGUAUGUUGGCGAGCUUUUAGAAUUUUUCAACGAACUGAAGCAGUUUGUCACCGAGAGAAAAAUAGCUAAAGUAAUAAUUCUUGCAAGCAGUCAUGAUUAUGCAAAAAGGGAAGUCCAACCGCAACAUCUCAAGUUGAGAUAUGUUGCCUCUCCUAGUAUACAGUCUCAGACUGGCAAACUCUUUGAUGACCUCAACUGGAUUCCACAUAAACCGAAAGACGUGACUGGAGAGGAAAGAUUGCAGAUACCAGGGGGUGGAUUUGCUAAGAGCAUCUUCAACUUUCUGUCCAAUGCUGACAUUCCUUGCGCCAUCUUGUUCAAAUUCUGUUCUGAAGGGGAUAAUAUAGAAGAUGCAAUAGCUCUGGUGUGCUAUUUAAAUCAAUGGAUACAUGUAUUAGGAACAAGCAGUAGUAAUUUGAAGUAUCCACCGUCUUGGAAACACUUAUUUGGGAAGCCGCCAUCAGAGGAUAUGUAUUGAUUAAAAUGCCGAAUAGGAUA